AUGGUCCAGGCCAGACUCAGGCUGGAGUUCGGUCUCUACAGGAUAAAUGGGGAUCAGGAGGGGUUUGAGGAGCGCUGGGGGUUCAGGGAGGUGUGCUCUGUGAGGGAGGUGUGCUCUGUGAGGGAGGUGUGCUCUGUGAGGGAGGUGUGCUCUGUGGGGAGACUGUUCCCCUGUGGGAGAGCAGACCUCCGGCCUCAGACCUCCGGCCUCAGACCUCCGGCCUCACCUCCGGCCUCACCGCCGGCCUCAGACCGCCGGCCUCAGACCUCCGGCCUCAGACCGCCGGCCUCAGACCGCCGGCCUCAGACCGCCGGCCUCAGACCUCCGGCCUCAGACCCGCCGGCCUCAGACCCGCCGGCCUCAGACCGCCGGCCUCAGACCUCCGGCCUCAGACCCCCGGCCUCAGACCUCCGGCCUCAGACCUCCAGCCUCAGACCUCCGGCCUCAGACCCGCCGGCCUCAGACCUCCGGCCUCAGACCUCCGGCCUCAGACCCUCCGGCCUCAGACCGCCGGCCUCAGACCCGCCGGCCUCAGACCCGCCGGCCUCAGACCCGCCGGCCUCAGACCUCCGGCCUCAGACCCGCCGGCCUCAGACCUCCGGCCUCAGACCCGCCGGCCUCAGACCUCCGGCCUCAGACCGCCGGCCUCAGACCGCCGGCCUCAGACCUCCGGCCUCAGACCGCCGGCCUCAGACCCGCCGGCCUCAGACCUCCGGCCUCAGACCGCCGGCCUCAGACCUUCGGCCUCAGACCCGCCGGCCUCAGACCCGCCGGCCUCAGACCCGCCGGCCUCAGACCUCCGGCCUCAGACCCGCCGGCCUCAGACCUCCGGCCUCAGACCCGCCGGCCUCAGACCUCCGGCCUCAGACCGCCGGCCUCAGACCCGCCGGCCUCAGACCUCCGGCCUCAGACCGCCGGCCUCAGACCGCCGGCCUCAGACCUCCGGCCUCAGACCCGCCGGCCUCAGACCCUCCGGCCUCAGACCCGCCGGCCUCAGACCUCCGGCCUCAGACCUCCGGCCUCAGACCCGCCGGCCUCAGACCUCCGGCCUCAGACCGCCGGCCUCAGACCGCCGGCCUCAGACCCGCCGGCCUCAGACCCAGACCCCGGCCUCAGACCCGCCGGCCUCAGACCCGCCGGCCUCAGACCCGCCGGCCUCAGACCCGCCGGCCUCAGACCCGCCGGCCCUCAGACCGCCGGCCUCAGACCCGGCCUCAGACCCGCCGGCCUCAGACCUCCGGCCUCAGACCGCCGGCCUCAGACCCGCCGGCCUCAGACCCGCCGGCCUCAGACCGCCGGCCUCAGACCGCCGGCCUCAGACCGCCGGCCUCAGACCUCCGGCCUCAGACCCGCCGGCCUCAGACCUCCGGCCUCAGACCCGCCGGCCUCAGACCGCCGGCCUCAGACCGCCGGCCUCAGACCGCCGGCCUCAGACCCGCCGGCCUCAGACCCGCCGGCCUCAGACCCGCCGGCCUCAGACCCGCCGGCCUCAGACCGCCGGCCUCAGACCCGCCGGCCUCAGACCGCCGGCCUCAGACCCGCCGGCCUCAGACCCGCCGGCCUCAGACCUCCGGCCUCAGACCGCCGGCCUCAGACCUCCGGCCUCAGACCCCGCCGGCCUCAGACCUCCGGCCUCAGACCGCCGGCCUCAGACCGCCGGCCUCAGACCCGCCUCCGGCCUCAGACCGCCGGCCUCAGACCGCCGGCCUCAGACCCGCCGGCCUCAGACCCGCCGGCCUCAGACCGCCGGCCUCAGACCCUCCGGCCUCAGACCCGCCGGCCUCAGACCCGCCGGCCUCAGACCGCCGGCCUCAGACCGCCGGCCUCAGACCGCCGGCCUCAGACCGCCGGCCUCAGACCCGCCGGCCUCAGACCCCCGGCCUCAGACCGCCGGCCUCAGACCGCCGGCCUCAGACCGCCGGCCUCAGACCCGCCGGCCUCAGACCUCCGGCCUCAGACCCGCCGGCCUCAGACCGCCGGCCUCAGACCUCCGGCCUCAGACCUCCGGCCUCAGACCCGGCCUCAGACCGCCGGCCUCAGACCCGCCGGCCUCAGACCUCCGGCCUCAGACCCGCCGGCCUCAGACCUCCGGCCUCAGACCCGCCGGCCUCAGACCGCCGGCCUCAGACCCGCCGGCCUCAGACCGCCGGCCUCAGACCUCCGGCCUCAGACCCGCCGGCCUCAGACCCGCCGGCCUCAGACCCGCCGGCCUCAGACCCGCCGGCCUCAGACCCGCCGGCCUCAGACCCGCCGGCCUCAGACCCGCCGGCCUCAGACCUCCGGCCUCAGACCUCCGGCCUCAGACCGCCGGCCUCAGACCUCCGGCCUCAGACCGCCGGCCUCAGACCGCCGGCCUCAGACCUCCGGCCUCAGACCCGCCGGCCUCAGACCCGCCGGCCUCAGACCCGCCGGCCUCAGACCCGCCGGCCUCAGACCCGCCGGCCUCAGACCCGCCGGCCUCAGACCGCCGGCCUCAGACCUCCGGCCUCAGACCCGCCGGCCUCAGACCUCCAGCCUCAGACCCGCCGGCCUCAGACCUCCGGCCUCAGACCCGCCGGCCUCAGACCCGCCGGCCUCAGACCCGCCGGCCUCAGACCGCCGGCCUCAGACCGCCGGCCUCAGACCUCCGGCCUCAGACCUCCGGCCUCAGACCCGCCGGCCUCAGACCGCCGGCCUCAGACCCCGCCGGCCUCAGACCCGCCGGCCUCAGACCGCCGGCCUCAGACCCGCCGGCCUCAGACCUCCGGCCUCAGACCGCCGGCCUCAGACCGCCGGCCUCAGACCGCCGGCCUCAGACCCGCCGGCCUCAGACCCGCCGGCCUCAGACCCGCCGGCCUCAGACCCGCCGGCCUCAGACCCGCCGGCCUCAGACCCGCCGGCCUCAGACCCGCCGGCCUCAGACCCGCCGGCCUCAGACCUCCGGCCUCAGACCGCCGGCCUCAGGCCUCAGACCGCCGGCCUCAGACCGCCGGCCUCAGACCUCCGGCCUCAGACCCGCCGGCCUCAGACCCGCCGGCCUCAGACCCGCCGGCCUCAGACCCGCCGGCCUCAGACCCGCCGGCCUCAGACCCGCCGGCCUCAGACCGCCGGCCUCAGACCUCCGGCCUCAGACCCGCCGGCCUCAGACCUCCCAGACCCGCCGGCCUCAGACCCGCCGGCCUCAGACCCGCCGGCCUCAGACCGCCGGCCUCAGACCGCCGGCCUCAGACCUCCGGCCUCAGACCGCCGGCCUCAGACCCGCCGGCCUCAGACCGCCGGCCUCAGACCGCCGGCCUCAGACCCGCCGGCCUCAGACCUCCGGCCUCAGACCCGCCGGCCUCAGACCCGGCCUCGACCGCCGGCCUCAGACCGCCGGCCUCAGACCGCCGGCCUCAGACCGCCGGCCUCAGACCGCCGGCCUCAGACCCGCCGGCCUCAGACCGCCGGCCUCAGACCCGCCGGCCUCAGACCCGCCGGCCUCAGACCCGCCGGCCUCAGACCGCCGGCCUCAGACCGCCGGCCUCAGAGAUUAGAAAAGAAAAGACGGAUUAA